AUGCGCUCCGGAGCUCCCGUGCCCAGCCCGGUGCUCCCACCCGGGCUCCUCCCGCUCCCCUCCAGUCCCGGCCGCUCCCGGGAAGGGGCUGCCCCGGGAUGGGUUUUGGGGAGCCGGGAUGGCUCUGCGGGGGUGUCGGUGCCGAGGAGCCGGUUCCCAGCGGGGAGCUCCCGGGGAAUUGCCGGGAAUCGGGGACCCCCGGGGCUCAGGGCGCCUCCCUCCCCCGCCGCCUCCCUCCCCCGCCCGCAGCCCUGGGGCUUCCCGGCGCGGGAGUUCCUGCGGAAGAAGCUGAUCGGGAAGGAGGUGUGCUUCACCGUGGAGUACAAGACGCCGCAGGGCCGCGAGUACGGCAUGGUCUACCUGGGCAAAGACACCAGUGGGGAGAACAUUGCCGAGUCCCUGGUGGCCGAAGGACUGGCUUCCCGGCGGGAGGGCAUCCGAGCCAACAAGUACGUGCACAGCUCCCCCCCCGAGCCUGGUCCCAGUCCUGAUCCUGAUCCCCAUCCUGAUCCCAGUCCUAAUCCUGAUCCCCAUCCUGGGCUGCUGCUCUGGGCACAGAGCCCUUGCAUCCCGUGGCUCCAGUGGCCCUGCCAGGGAUCGGGGGGCA